CGUUACUACACCACCCAGAAUAAGAAGAAGUGAGAUGGACUAUGAGACAGUUGUGCUACACACACGGAGAGAGCUACUGGAGGAGACGGCUACUCUGCUCAAUAGAGAAUGGCCCAGAUCAAUGGCGGCUAGGGUGGCGUCUCUUGAGGGAGGCGUUGAUGAGCUGCCAUGUUCACUGGUCCUACUGAAUAGUGGUGGGGCCGUGGUGGGUCAUGCCAGACUAUUGCCAGUAGCUGGGGCAACCAACGCUGCACUCAUUGAAUCAGUGGUUGUGUGUCAGGAGUGCCGUGGGUGUGGUCUGGGUCGACGGCUAAUGGAGGAAUCAGAGACGUACUGUGUGAGAGUGGGCUACAACGCAAUGCAUCUAUCCACUCAUGACCAACAGGGAUUCUACCAUCAUCUUGGUUACCAGGACGGCCCGUCUGUGAAUGGGCGGAGGAAGUGUGUCACUAAUCUCACAGAAAACCAGGUACAGUAUAUUGUUAUCAAAAAAUGUCGUCUGAAUUUUGAACCUAGCCGGCGGCCCCAAGGUGUGUGUGUGCGUGUGCUGUCACUAGCCAUAUAUGACACAGUCACUGUUAGGUGGUGCUGCGGCAGUGGACUCCACGCAACCAGAAACUGAUUUCAGGCCACCCCCUGUGGACCCAGUAGCCCCUCCUCCUCCUACAGGCCCAGCACCUCCCCCGCCACCACCUCCAAAACUGGUG